AUUAUAGGUUUUUAGGUCAAAAAAGAAACCCGGGGGAGUGCCUGGACAAGCCCAAGGCGCAGUUACAUUGUGCACGAGCUGGAUGACAUUGACCCCAAGGCUGUUGUGCCCCAGUUUGUGUGGAUGGUCAGGCUGUGUGGCUGCCGGUAGCUAGGGGCCCAGGUUAGGAGCUUUGCUCUGAAGUGGCUGCAGGUUUCCUGGUGGGCUGAAGACUCCACGGGAGAACCGCCCGCUUCUUCCUUCACUGCAGAAGCUUGACCGGUGGACCCUCCGCGCCUGCUUCCUUUGUCCUCCUCGGGCAGUCCGGAAUGGACGGGACACCAGAGCCUCUGGCCAUGACCGUCCACCUGCUCGCCAACUCUGGGCAUGGCUCGCUUCUGCAGCAAACUCUGGAUCAGCUCCUGGACUGCAUUUGCCCAGACGUGCGUCCCUUUCUGGUGUCAGAGCGGGUCAGUCCAGUGAAAUACUAUGACAAGUGCCACUGCAAGCGCUCACGGUUCCCGGGGAUGUCUGUGUUGCUCUUCCUGCACGAGAGCCUGGGAGAGGAGCGGCUCUUUCGGGUUCUUGACUCCCUCCAGCGCUGGCCAUGGCACUGCUACCCCGCCCCGAGCGCUCAGGGGGGGCCGUGUCCCUACGUCCUUGCCAACCAGGAGUUCUACAGUGUGGACAGCCAGAUGCCCGUCUGGGGUGUGAGGCAGGUGCACUGUGGCUCCGAGGUCCUGAGGGUGACACUCUACUGCAGUUUUGAUAACUACGAGGAUGCCAUCAGACUCUAUGAGUUGAUCCUGCAGAAGGAAGCCACCGUGCAGAAAAGCAACUUCUGUGUCUUCGUGCUCCAUGCCACUGAGAGCUUCGCUCUGCAGCUCUCCCUGGUGCAGCUGCCCCUUGGAAUGUCAGUGGACCCCAAAGAAUCUUCUGUGCUGCAGUUCAAGGUUCAAGAGAUAGGCCAGUUAGUACCUCUCCUACCCCAUCCGUGCGUCCCCAUCAGCCGCACCAGGUGGCAGACACAGGACUACGAUGGCAAUAAGAUCCUGCUUCAGGUCCAGUUGAAUACAGGACUUGGUGUCAGGAAUGGCGAGCUUUCCUUUCUGAAUGGCACCUCGGGAGCUGACACACUUCUCCAGGGCUCCCGGCUCUGGAGAGUCUCCCCAAUCUCUGUCUCCCCAAGGAGGACCCUGGAGCCACAAUGCCGAAGGAACCGGUCCAGGAGGCUCAAGGUGGGCUCUCUGGAGUGUGCGGAGCCUGCUGAGAGCCCUGUGUCAGACCGUUUUAGUGGCACCUCGUGGAAAAGCCCUGGCUGCUUGUCCCAGGACAAGAGCUCCGCAAUGGGCGUCCAGAUGCAUCUGCCUUCUCCCCACCUCCAACCUGGGGCCAGAAGAAAGGUCCUCAGCCUGCAAGACAGCUUUGGGAAGCUGGAGGCAGAAACAAAUGUUGACACGGGGUGCACCGUGGUCAAUUCUGGACCCCAACAGUCUUUUCUGAACAGAUUUUCAAGGGAUGUCCAGACCAGCAACGCACCACCCUGCUUGCCAGACUCCUCCUCAGGGGCAACUGCCUCCAAGAACAAUAGAAUCUUUAAGGCAAGUACCCAUUCUUUGUCACUUGCUGGCCAAAGGGAUCUUGGUGCAAGGAAGAUAAUCUCACAAUGUCCCCUUCACCUGCCAGUCCAGGGUGAAGAAAAAGAAGAAGAAUUCUUUAUAUAGCAUAAAACAAAUGUGGUUUCCUAAAACACAAGAUCAGAUACAGUGUUCUAGAAACGGAGCACUGACCUAGAAUCAGAUGGUCUCUUGGUCACGUGAUGGGUCCUGAAUGUUAGCCACGCACUGAUCUGUAUUGCUUUUAUUUCAAAUGUGUAUAGUCUAACGGCGCUGUGAAGUAUUGUUUAUUUGCCAUCAUGGUCGUGAAGGAACACAGCCAACGGAUAGGGAGAAAGCCCAAGGCCCUGUGUCCCUGGAGACACACUAACCCAGCUGGGUGCGUUGAUUUCAGCACCUAUCAGGAAUAAUUGCUUUGUAUGCCAGUGAGUCGGAUGUGUUAUGCAAUGCUGAUGAGUGGAUGUAAUUUAGUUUUAAUUUUUACUUGGGUUGCAUAGCUCAUCCCCCUGGACAACAUGGACUAUUUAUUCUUUAGUGUUUUUUAAUUUUUAUGUGACCUCCUUUGGUAAUGAGGCCCUGUACACCACAUAGCCUCUGGUGAUUUUGCCUUUAAAGUUGUUUGCAUCUAGAAUGAGUUCACAUGCGAGGGUUUUGAAAAUUACAAACAAUUAAUUUUUUUUCCUGUUUAAUAAGCAGAAACCCCAGAAGUCAAAAGAUAGAUGAAAAAUGAAAGCGAGGCUCUAGGAUUUCCCUGCUCCUCCAUUUCUCAUUUGUUUCCACACUACUCCAAAGGGGCCAGUGGUUCCCGUUUCUAACCAGAGAGGAGUGUGACAUGAUUGGAUGAUUCCAGAUCUCUACUUGACGUGGCAGGAAGAUUAGAUUGGAUGGGUUGUUGGAACAGGACUUGCUUUCUUCUGGCCAAGUUUGAAUUCCUAAAUUUCUUUGCAAUACGCAUUCAUCCAUUUAUACAUUCAUUCAUUCAGCAAAUAUUUAUUGAGCACAUACCUUUGAAUAAGACGUUGAUGUAUGGUCCACAUACAAUCUGUGGCCAUCAAACCCAAAAGAUAUAUAUGGUCUCCCAAGUAGAAAUCCAUUCUAUCAACACUUGAGAAUAUGUUGAAAUCUUAACUUAAUUCCUCUGGGACCCUUUUCCACAGUUGAUUUUCACACUUGCUGCACAAGGCUGUAGUAAGCUGGUGGAGACUGGGCAUAUUAUGAUUCUAAUUAUAACCAUAAUGGACAAACUCUCAUUGCUCAUGUGCUGUAUUUUUCUGUUGGGUCUAAACACACAUUUUAAAAAUAUCUGAGGUCUCUGUGCUGUCGUUACUUUAUAAGGUUAUUUGACUCCACGAACUUUAUUCUCCAGGACAGAUGUUACAUAAAAUUACAAAUGCUGAUUUAGCUGGGUCUUGUGGUGACCCUGAUACUUAGUAUACCCACUUGAGGAGAAGGAUGAGUUCAGGCCCAAGGAUGAGUCUUAGGGCAGGGACGUCCACUGAGUUUGGGUGCCCUUCUGAGCUUGAAGAACUGAAAAGAAGGAGAGUUGCAAAUCGACAAAGACGAGACUUCUACAUUGAUUUUAUUUUUUCUGGGCUCACGACCUCAGUACAUUCCCAUUCUCAUUUUCUUUCUCCCUGCCCCCCAGACUAAAGUUAGAUUUUAGGAAGUAGAAUGAAGGAUUUUGGUCUGAUUUUCUAGAAUAAGAGUUAAGAAAAAUGAAAGUCUUAUUUAAAUGGAACUAUUGAGCUGCCUUGAAAAGCACAGCAGGGGGGCAGUUCUGAAAUUUCUUUCCCACUUUUUUUGAGGUAACCUGAAUUCUUUAACAUAAUACAUGGGUGAGACUGUAAGUACAUGGAAAUUAUGAAGAAUACUGGAAAAUGUGAAGGAGUACCUUACAAAAUUGACUUGUAAAAUAAUACACUCUUAAAAUGGCACUGACUCUACCCCACUACACAGCAAUCCAAUUUACAACAUGGUGGGAUGGACGGUCCAAUGGGCCAGGGUGCCAAAGGCCCUGCUUUUGGCCUCAGCCUUUAAAUUUACUACUUAUGGGACCUUGAACUGUCAGUGUCCUUGAUCCUCUGUUGCCUUUCCUAUUGUAACAAAAUGUUGUUAAGAGAAUCAAGAUGAUGCAUAUGAAAGCAUUUGGAUAUUAUUAAGCCUUAUAAAUAUGUGAGAUAGUAUUAUUAUUAUAAAUGGUCCUUCAGACCCAUGGUUUUUUUAAAUGUCAUGCCAACAGGAGGUUUUUUGUUUUUUGUUUUUUUUUGGUUUUUUAGAAACAACUUUUAGUAAGAUCAAUGAUUCAAUUUAAAAAAAAAACAGCUCUGUAAGAAUUUUUGCUAUGUGUGCCAUUUAUUUAUGUUCACAUAUCUAGGAGGGAAAUUAUGGAUGGAAAGAACCAAUAUAUCCUACAGUUCAAAAGAGAUUGUAUGUAACAGGAAUAAGCUAUGAACUAGUUUAAUCCAAUUUAUCAAGUUAGCCAGACUCUUUACUUACUUAUGCUGUAUUUUUUUUAAAGAUUUUAUUUAUUUAUUUGACAGAGAGAGACACAGCGAAAGAGGGAACUCAAGCAGGGGAAGUGGGAGAGGGAGAAGCAGACUUCCCGCUGAGCAGGGAGCCUGAUGGGGGCCUCGAUCCCAGGACCCUGGGACCAUGACGUGGGCUGAAGGCAGAUGCUUAACGACUGAGCUACCCCGGUGCCCCUUUAUGCUGUAUUUUUUAAAAUAUAAAACAUAUCACUUUUUAAAUCAGAGGGACUCUUGAUAGAGUACUUUAUAUGUCUUUAUAGGUACACUAAAAAUCAGUUGCAUUGCAGUUGUUUGGCUAUUUUUAACCUUAUUAAUAGUAUAUCAUACUUUUCAAGUGUUAUUUGGACAUUGCUAAACAUUAACAGAAAUGAUAGCAUUUGGAAACUUUCAAAUGUGUUUGUCUAUUAGGGAAAGUAGAGCUGGGGGUUUGGGGUUGGGGAGGGGGAAGGGCGGAACACCCCUCGAUUUACAAAAGGAGGUGGGACAGGAGCCUUGGCUGCUCCCCAAUCCACCCUCUGCUCUGACGGGACUUUGUAGAGGCAGUCUGGUCCUUCCAUGGCCCCAACACUCUGCUCACCCCUUUUCCUUACUUCUGGAGAGAGUCGGGGAAAGGGGAAGGGAAGCCAAAGAGAAGAGAAUGGAGCCCAUUUUCUGUUGAUUAGAAACUCCUAAAUUUCACCUCUGUGUUAUAAAACCUAUUCAGAAAUUCCUGAGUUAACUUAAUACUGUCUAACUUUCUUGAAUCUUCUCUAAGCCCUCAUGCUUGGGCUUUCUCUCCCUUUUCCUUCCUUCUUUCCUUCCCUCUCCUUUCCCUGCCCCUUUUGUUCCUCCUUUCCUUUCCUUUCCUUUCCUUUCCUUUCCUUUCCUUUCCUUUCCUUUCCUUUCCUUUCCUUUCCUUUCCUUUCCUUUCCUUUCCUUUCCUUUCCUUUCCUUUCCUUUCCCUUCCCUUCCCUUCCCUUUCCCUUUCCCUUUCCCUUUCCCUUUCCCUUCCCUUCCCUUUUUUUUUCCUCCUUCGAAUCCUCCCUCCACCCCCCCGACCCUGCCCAGUGCCCUGCACAUGGAUUUGAUACUCUCUUCAUUCUUUGUUCCAACCUCUUUUUUCCCCCCUACUUCACCCCAGGAGAGGACAAAGAGAUAAUUUUAAAUUAACUUAUGUUCAGGAAAUUUCCCCAAAGGCAUCUCAGUAGGAGGCAAAACCACCAAAAACACGACCCACAUUGUGUGGGAGUUUUGUUUGUUUUUGUUGUUCAUUUUUCAUCUCCUUUUCCUGAAGGAAAUAAAACUUGUACUGCAGAGUGGUACCUUGAAACAUAACAAGGUAGCCAAUGGAUUUGACAUGACAGGUCACAUGCUGGCCAGGAGUCCUAUCAUAGCUGGAGGACCAAUACCACAAAGCUAACAGGAGGUAGCAACUGUCCCUAACACCCAGUACAAGCACUUCCAUAUGCAGAGAGCUUGGCCAUGCAUUGUAAAAACAGGGUCCCUUCACACCUGGCAGAGUGAGGGGACAUGCCACAUAGACCUGACCAAUCGCGUGCUUUCCUCUGGAAUUCUGAGGCUCCUAGCAGGGAUGGGAAAGCUCCUUUAAGUGGGUUGGGGGGGGGGGAAGGUAGGCAGCAGAGUUCUGGUCCUGGGGAGAAGUGAUGUUGGGUCUUUGGCUAAGCCCUUACCCAGAUUGGUUCUGGGGCCUGAUUUUGGUUGUGAUUCUACCUGUUCACCUUCCUAUUGUUCUUGUGCAUUUUCUGAGCCCAGUUCCCCAGCCUUCUGAUAAAUGAAUUCUCAGCUUAAAUCAGCCAGCAUCCCUUCUGUUUAUGCACCAAAUAACUGAGAUCGAUACAGAGUGCAGCGCUAAUAGGGGUUAAGGCCAAGUACAAAACUGGGGCACUGUAUUAGGGAACUGAAUUUUCAAAGGGAUAAACAAAGAUGCUAAAAACUAUUCAUUUGGGGGUUCGGUGUCUCUUUGAAGUUUUCUUAACUUUGAUUCUUUUGACUCUUUUCCUUUUGGAUUGCUUCUUUUUUCUCCCUUAUGGCUGUGGCAGUAAGACCUGCCCCCUCCCCUUUCCCACGCUAAGAAGGAAGCAGGAUGGGGUCCACAGAAGGGGGGGGGGCAGGGUCCCAUCUGAGAAGUGCUCUGUCUCUAGACUUUUGUCCUGGCUAGACAAAAAGAAUCCAACAUGUAGUCGUGCAUAGGUCACCAGAACAGGGCCCCGAAUUACAACCCUUUCAUUCACAUGCAAGAGAGACUGAGAACUCAUUUAAACAAAAGGGGGAAAAAGGAAAGCUAAAGGAAAGUCACGUGACUAAAAGACUGUCAGGGUCACAUCCCACCAGCUAGCUACCUAGUGAAUAGAGGGUCCUUUGCCCGCGCUUCGGAAGAAAAUUCCCGGAGAGGCCUCUGAUUGGCUUGGCCUGAGUCACAUGCUCACCCCUGAGCCAAUCACUGCGCCUGGAUGAUGGAGUUCACUGAUUGGUGAGCCCAUGGUUCUGUGUCUAUUUGUGGGAAUGAGAUUUGGGAGAGAUCGGAGGAAAGGAGGCAGCCCCACCUGAACACCUUGGAAAGGGUCCCCACAGGAAAGACUUUUUACUAAUCGGAGGAAGUGAGAAGAGAUGUCAGCAGACAACAAAAACAGGUGUCCACUCCUGGCCCAAACUGUAGCUGCUAACAAAGGAAAAGCAUCCUCUGCGUGGUCCCUCUGAGGAGGACCCCAGAAGCGGCUCCUGGUCACCUCUUUCGUACAAAGAACUUGCCUUUUGACAACGUGAGACCUUCCAGCAUCUGGCCUCCGUCAGUCUGUUUUGUUUUCUUUAGAGUCUGUAUUAGUUUCCUAGAGCUGUUGUACGAAUGAGCACACACGCCGUCGCUUAAAGCAACAGGAAGUUAUAUUAUCACAGCUCUGGAGGCACAAGUCUGAGAUCAAGGUGUUGGCGGGGCCACACCCCCUCUGGAGGCCCAAGUGGAGAAUCCUUUAUUGCCUCUUACAGCUUCUCCCGAGUUCCUUGGCUUAUGGCUGCAAAAGGCCAAUCUUUGCCUCCACCUUCAGUCACCUUCUCCUCCGCUUUAUGUCUCUCGCUGUAUCUUACAAUGACAUCUGUCAUUGGAUUUAGGGAUCACCAGAAUAAUCCAGAAUGAUCUCAAGAUCCUUAAUUACAUUUCCAAGACCCCUUUUACAAAUAAGGUCACAUUUGCUAUUUAUGUUGUCUGUCACCCUUCCUUAGCCUACCCUACUUCUCUCUCUCUCUCUUUUACACACACACACACACAAAUAUAACCUCCAUAGAGUUAAAACCUGCCUGUCAUUGUCAUAUUUGUAUCCAUAAGGCCUAAAACAGUGCUUGAACCAGAGUAGACACUCUGUGAAUGUUAGUUGAUUGAAUAAAAGAACAAAAGAGUUGAUCUCCUUGGAUUGUGUCCCUUAGUGCUUCCUCCAUACAUUUAGUCCUGUUCCAAACCCGUUCUAUUCUGUUGAGUAUGCAUGUAUCUCUGUCCUUCAUUAAAAUACACACUCUCUGAGCCUCUUUUUCCUGAUUGUGGGUGAUCAUUUUUGCCCUUUAAUUCAGAGCAAGGAAAUUUAAGUGCCAAAUAUUGUGCUCGAUGCAC